AUGGUUUCCAAUGCAAUUGUGGAAACUGAAAAACUGGCAACUAAAACGUUGCUUAGGCUUUCCAGGUCGAGGGAUAGGAAUGAGGUAGGCAUUUUAGUAGAUAAUGACUUACGAGAACAGGUGGUAGGGGUUAAGAGAGUUAGCGAUAGGUUGAUGAUGAUUAAGCUGGUUGUUGGAGGGUUUAUUUUGCACAUUAUUAGUGCUUACGCGCUGCAAGCGGGCUUGGGCGAGGAGGAGAAAAGACGUUUUUGGGAGGAUUUGGACGAGAUGAUGGGAAGUAUACCGUCCACUGAGAAGCUAUUCAUCGGAGGAGAUUUCAAUGGGCACAUUGGGUCAAUUUCAGGGGAUAUGACGAUGUGCAUGGAGGUUGUGGUUUCAGGGACAGGAACGGAGGAGGAGGUGCACUAUUGGAUUUUGCAAAAGCCUUUAGGCUGA